CCCGUACAUGCUGCCUGACUAAAAAGAGGGAAACUUUGGAUUGAAAGGGGAGGUCGAGUCGAUUACUGGGUUACUGAAGUCACUUUAUACACUUUAACACUUAAUUUGUCAUUCACGGGCUCCACUCACAUUUUGUGACCACGCCAAGCUGUGACGUGGUGGACGCUGACGUUUGCAAAAAUCUGCAGGCGUCUUUUCAGCGACUCUGGCAACUCUGCCAUAUUGACACCCAGGAGUAAUUUAGGCACAGACAACUGGACAUAACAGCUGAGAUGAUCCACAGCCUCUUCCUGAUUAAUCACUCUGGGGACAUCUUCCUGGAGAAACACUGGAAGAGUGUCAUCGGUCGGAGUGUGUGCGACUACUUUUUCGAGGCCAAGGAGAAGGCAGUGGACCCUGAGAAUGUGCCCCCAGUGCUGCAGACCCCACACCACUAUCUCAUCAGCAUUUACAGGGGAAAACUCUUCUUCCUCUCUGUCAUUCAGUCUGAAGUCCCCCCUCUCUUUGUCAUUGAGUUCCUGCACAGAGUGGCAGAUACAUUCCAGUUGAUGUUUUGCAAAGUGCUGUGCGCUCAGUUAAUAGAGGAGCAACUCGGCCACAGCUGGCUAAAAGGAAUAGAUUACUUUGGAGAAUGUUCGGAAGGUGUUAUCAAGGAAAACCUGGUGAUUGUUUAUGAGCUGCUGGAGGAGAUGCUGGACAAUGGGUUUCCGCUGGCGACCGAGUCCAAUGUCCUCAAGGAGAUGAUAAGGCCUCCGACCAUCCUGCGGUCGGUGGUCAAUACGCUCACAGGUGGCAGUAAUGUUGGAGACACUUUACCGACGGGUCAGCUGUCUAACAUCCCGUGGAGGCGGGCUGGUGUGAAGUACACUAAUAACGAGGCGUAUUUUGAUGUGAUAGAGGAGAUUGAUGCCAUUCUGGACAAAUCAGGUACCACCGUGUUUGCAGAAAUCCAGGGUGUGAUAGAAGCCUGCGUGAGACUCACCGGGAUGCCUGACCUGACUCUGUCCUUCAUGAACCCACGUCUCCUGGAUGACGUGAGCUUCCACCCAUGUGUGCGGUUCAAGCGCUGGGAGGCGGAGCGCGUCCUGUCUUUCAUCCCGCCCGACGGAAACUUCACACUCAUGUCCUAUCAUGUUAGCUCUCAAAAUCUUGUAGCCAUUCCGGUGUAUGUGAAGCAGAACAUCAGCUUUUUAGAGACGGGGUCCUUUGGCCGUCUGGAGAUUACCAUUGGACCAAAGCAGACCAUGGGGAAGACUGUGGAGGGCUUGAUGGUCUCUAUCCACAUGCCAAAGUCUGUUCUCAGUGUUAAUCUCACAGCCACACAGGGAAACUACACUUAUGACCUCAAUAACAAGGUGCUAGUUUGGGACAUUGGGAAACUCAACCCCCAGAAGCUUCCCACCUUACGAGGCAGCCUGAGUAUGCAGGUCGGAGUCCCAAAACCUGAGGAGAACCCCUCCCUCAACAUUGAUCUGAAGAUUCAGCAGCUGGCUAUAUCAGGCCUUAAGGUGAGUCGCCUUGACAUGUACGGGGAGAAGUACAAGCCUUUCAAAGGGGUCAAAUAUGUGACUAAAGCAGGAAAAUUCCAAGUGCGGACCUGAGUGCUGUGAUCAGUAAUCCACUGUGCCAAAAAAAGGGGCGAGGGUGCUCGUUCACAUCAGCUCCCCAAUAAGUCUCCAGUAUUCACAGGAGCAUUGCUAUUAUUGAACACUUCUACACUCUAACAGCUAUUUAUUAUAUAUUUGGCAUUACAUAAGUGUGUCUGGAUUGUCUGUGGCCUAUAAAGGGAAGCCUUAAUAAUCAAUGUGACCUUGUUAAAGUGCUAUUUGUUUCUAUCUUGUUUAAAUGUGCAAAACUCUAUGGAUCAUUCCUUCUGCAAUCUGUCUGCUGCCAAAUUGUAAUAUUUUAACGGAAAAGGACACUUUCUUCUGUCUUGGACUUCACUGCACCUGAACAAUCGCCUGGAACUUAACAGAUGUGCAUUCAAGGAUCUUUUCACAUAUGACAGACAUUUUUAUACCUAUGAAUGUUCUGAUUUUUUUUUUUUUAAGAAUCUGAUUGUCGGACUAGUUGCAGCGUGGAUAUUUUUGCACAAUCUGUGUAAAUGUGGCCUUGUAAGAGCAGUUGAAGGUGCUCAGUAUAGCACACACUACAGCACAAACUGCAUGCUUAGGAAAUGUGAAGUUAUCAUUUAUGAAAAUUGUCUUUCAUUUAAGGUACUUAGUGUAGUUUGACAGAAAUUAUGUAGUUAUGAAUUAGUAAUUCUGGCAAAAUGUGGGAUAGUUGUUUAAAAAGCAUGCUAAAAUCUUAAAGAUACUCACACAAUUCCUACUAUCACCUCUUUACCUGGAACAGCACUUGCACAAUCAAUUUUCCCCAUGAGAUAUAUUACUUAAAGCUCUCUGUAAAUGUGAGGCAACAUGCCAGUUUAUAAGAUGUCUUAUAAAA